CUGUGCUGUGUUGGACUCAGUUCAGUCUGUGCUGACAGAAGCUGAAUGGUAAACAUGGAACACAUUUACACCAACAUUGAAGAUACCUUCAAGCCACCCAACUGCUACAAAGGUGGGGAAGCAGAACUGCAGAGCAAAGGAAACCUGGGAGUUCUGGAAUCAGAGGAGAAGUCCCAAAGAGACAGCUCUCCGUACAAGAUCCUGGCCCUCAUCUGCUCGGGUUUGAGCUGUGUGCUCCUGAUAACCACUGUCGUCUUCAGUUCUUAUUAUUUCCUCAGGCAACCAACAUUUACCCAAGUUCUACUCCAAAACACCUCCUGUGUGCAAACAAAUUGUUCAUCUUCAAACUGGAGCUCUUCUGCUUUAAAACAAGAACUGUGGAUGAUGCUGGAGGACAUGUACAACAGCUGUUUGAACCUGCAAGACAAUUCGACUGAUGUUCAUGAAGAAGCUAAACGCUGUAGCGACAUCAUAAAUAGACACAACCUGGUCCAACUAUGCAACAGCAACUAUACGAUAGCCUGCUUUGCUCUUACUAAAAUAUCAAAAAGAGAAGGAAGAAUACCUGCAGCAGUGUGGAAAUGGAUUCAAAAUGCAUCAGCUGACGUAGUCCUGGACCCUGAUACAGCCCACGUCAACCUGAACAUCUCCAAGGAUGGGAAAUGUGCAGUCUUGUCUGAUGUGCCUCAGUCCUCUGCAUCUACUAGAUUUACUUACAAUACGGGUGUUUUGGGUAAAGUGGGAUUCAUCUCAGGGAGGCACUACUGGGAGGUGGAUGUGAGGGAUAAUCUGAACUGGGGUGUGGGCAUCUUCAGGGGAUCUGCUCCUAGAAAUACAUACCUGAGUCCUGAAAACGGGGCCUGGGCAGUGGAGCUUUGGUAUAAAACCAAGUUUAGUUCCAUUACUGACCCUCGAACACCAUUAUCUCAGGAUCUGCUUCCCCAGAGAGUGGGGGUCUAUAUAAACUGCGAGGAAAGGCAGCUGUCAUUUUUCAAAGUGGAGACUCAGAAUCUCAUUUACACUGCCAAUGUAGAUUUCACAGAAACAUUCUACCCAUUGUUCUACACAGAAAGUGAACAAGGCAUUUCCAUUGUUCCUCCUCUUGAGUUUGAGAAUUAAACUGGAAUGAGACUUUGUGUUUGAUAUAUUUCUGCAAACAUCCAGUAGUUGUGUAUUAUUCCUAUAAGGUCCUACUGUACAUGGAUUAGCACCUAAUGUAUUAUCUGUCCGCUCUCCAGCUCAUGACCUUCGUCCACCCAACUCUUCUAGAUGCCUCUCAAGCUCAAGCACUCUAGACUUGAAUCCCUUCUUUUCAGAAAGGCUUUAACUUCAUUGUCGACUGUGUCUGCUCUAUGAGAUUCAGCUGCACUUCUAAAUGAUUGCCUUUCUAAUUUGAUUUUGUAAUUUAUGUAACAGUUCUUGGGGUUUCCGCCCUUGUCCCUCCUGCCCUGCCAGUUCGUCCUCAGUGCCCGGGCGCGAACCCGGGUCUCUGUAACUCUGUGCCGAGAUCUCAAAAACACAACUGUUUGGGUGUAACAAGAUAAAUUGGCAAUUCUUAAUUAUUAAAUAAUGCUCUGAGAUGGACUGAAACUUUGGACCACUGACCUUCCAGGACCAAGACUGUUUUAAAAACCUUCUAGACUAGAGAAACUGCAGCCCAUCUCUUCCACUCCAUUGCAGAGCUCUGACACAGCCAGCUCCUUACUUGCUCUUGGGUUGUAGACAUGGUGCGAACUACGGGGGAGUUUAGCUCCCCUGAAUAAGGCACAAGCUCCCCUGAAGAGACCAUUUGCAAACCUUUGGGGGCUCUCUUUUUUCAGGUAUAGACUACAUUUGCGUUUCUGUUUUGAGCAUGUUGCUGCCAUAGAAAUAGCUAAGCAAUUUAAUACUAUUACCAUGUAAGAGGGUGAUCUGUCCAAAUACAGUAGCUACCAGAAGCUAGUAACAUUUAAACUUUGUGUGCUGUUCCCUCAUGCUACCAUUAUUUGUUUUUUGUCUCUGUACUCAGAGCACAUAGAAUAUGUGUUUAAACCAAAGUCUAUCAAUUAUUAUUUUGCUCUUUAAUGUAGUAAAUAAAAGUAUUUGUUCUAAUCUUUUUAUUAAAUCCAGAAUAAUUGAUUGCUUAUCUGCAUUAAUGUAUCUAUGAA